GGGGGAUACACAACAAAAGUUAAGAAUGGCGACGCUAGAUAUAAGAGAGGAACCCUUCCCAGCUCGGAGUCGAUCCGCUUCUGGGCUGGUCAAUGGAGUUCCUACAGAAGUCACUCUACUAGAAUUCUCGGACAAGGUUAUGAUUACAGUCAGCCAAGAAGGGCGACUAGCUCAAUGGAUUCAAGUCCCUAUGAUGGGAACCUCCGCUGGCAUCGUUGACAUGGCCCUGCCAAGCGGCAAGCAUGGAUUGCUCCCUUCGACUCAUCUCGCACCAAAGACACUGCUGGGUGGAGGCGGCGACAGUAGAGAAACGCUUGGACAGCUUUAUGCCUCGCAGAUUGCAAGCCACAUAUCCCUACGGUCACCGGAAGAGAGACGGACGCUAGUCUUCGGAUUUGGGCUGGCAAAGGCUGAAAAGGAACAGGAGGCUUUCUUUGAUCUCUUUGAGCUGGCUCUCAAAGUGCUUUGAUCGAUAAAGCUGAUAAUGCUGUAUGAACGGAAUGCACAGUUGCUACACCUUUAGAGACCUUGAUUAUGAGAAAAACCUCUGGUAUCUUUAUCGCGCAUUAUUCCCAGCUACUGAGUUCCUCAUCGUCAUGGCCAGCUGUAUAGGCACGCUUGCAUUUGAUAUGUAACCAGAUGACUUGACAGACUGAUACCAUGAAAGGAAGACCGAAGACCAUAAGAUAUGCCUUAAAAAAGAAGAAGGAGAAUCUGUUGAUGUAUGGUUACAGCUCAAAGAAUCUCAGGGACAAAUGCUGAUUGAAGGAAGC